UUGUGUGAGAUGGUCCCUAGACCCAACCUCAUCUUGAGGAGUUUGGCACAAUUAAAACAAAAAUAUUUGAAAUUACUUUAACUGCAAUCAGUCUUAGACAUGUUUACAAAAACGACUUGCGUACCAGGUAUCAGUUCAGAAGAAGCAUAACUGGCUGAGACACAACAUGUUCGGAAUUCCUGGAAAUGUUCUGUGAUGCAAUCGGCACGGCCUCCCUGGUUUUAUCAGUAGGGAUCAGACUGCUGAGUUUCAUACUGCUGUUCCCUGGAGCUCCAGUCGGGGAGGCUGGGUGUGGAGUGUUUAAAGCAGAGUGGGUGGGCCUGGCCUGCUGUCCUGCCUCUCCUUGUGAUGUCAUGAACAUACUUUGUCUUGCGGAUGUUGUUUUUUGGAAACAGUAUCCUGACAAUCUGGAACUGAUAAUCUCACAGCUACAUUACAAGGGCACUCUUUAUCGUCCCUACUUUUCAAAUGGAUAGUAUAGUUUGGAGACCAUGCAUUGACACCCUGUUUUUUAAAUACCCAAUCGAUCAUUUAGCUCUCUGACUGUAUUGGUACUAGAUAUCGAUUCAUGUUCCCAUGGCUACAUUUGUAUAUCUGUCAUAUACAGCAUUGCGGGCACAGCACUCUGGUCUCUCGGGCUUGCGCUUUCAAUUCAUUUUUUAAGUCAAAAGACAAAAAGAAGUCUUGUACAGACACCUAUUCUUCUUUAGGAAUUGUAUUUUGUAUGGCUUGCUUUAUUUCUUCACGGUUUCUAUCUUUUGCCCCUCUUCUCAACAGAUUAGUUUCAGCUGCUCUUCCACUCCAUCCAGCAAUGCUCAAUUAGAUCCAGAAUUAGAGUCUGCGCUGUGGACCACGAACCUUGAUAUUUACACCCCAGUGUAAAAAAACAUUUCAUCAUAAUCAACAUGUAUUGCAUCCAUGUUCUUUAAUUACACAAAAUAACACAUUCUAUCUAUCUAUCUAUCUAUCAGUUAUACACAACUGGCUGACAGAAGUUCACAAACCAUUUGAAUUAGCAUGUGGAGAAUGUGCUUAUUAUCCUUCUGGGUCUACAUUGAUUAACAGAAUGAAGAGUCACAGCUGGGACAAGAACGGCCCUCCUGAAAUGGAGCGGGGGAUGGGGGAGAGAGAGAGAGGGGCAGAGAACAAAGGAGAGAGAGAGAGGGAGAGAAAGAGUGCAGGGCUGAAGGUCAGAACAGGUAGGACAGGAGAGUGAAAGCGGGAGGGAAUCAGGUGAGAGAGAGCGAGAGAGGGAGGGAGAAUGGGCAGGCACAAGAGUCACAUCCUGCUUCUAUGCAUACAAAGGAAGGGGGGGUCUGUGUGAGUGUGUGCUGUUCACCUUUUACGGUCAGGAAGGCUGAGAUCUCAUCCAGCCGUAAAGAGAGAAGGAGGAGGGGAGGAGGGAGGAAGGGAGUGGCCACGUCAGAUACAGACUUGCUUUCUCUGUCAAAGACUGACUAGGGAGCAGAACACCCCACAGCGGAGCCAGAGAUACUGCAGCUGAGGAAGAGAGGAACAAGAGUGAGGUAGAGAGAGAGACCGAGAGAUUGAGAAAGACUGAGAGAGACAGAGAGAGAGGAUUAGCCAGCAGAAGCUCCCUUCAGCAGGCAGGCAGAUGGCAGCCAUGAUGUCAACCGAACAGCCCCAGAAGAGAAUGGUCUCCACUGUCUUCAUCACCCUUGCCUCUCCACACCGGCCUCCGCCCAGGGCAGCACCGCAUAGCGCCAACACGACCGACACGCAGAUCAGACCCAAUCAAAUCCAGUCAAAGCCCAGCUCCAGCUCCAGCUCCACUGAGCCAAGAACCAGUUGGACUGAAGCACCGCUCAGCCCCACCAGGACUGAAAACCAGCCUGCCUCCAGCCAGACACAGCCACUCCGUGCCAGCCUGCUCAACCAGGCCAAGCCACCACCCAAUCAGAUAACUCCAGCCACCAACGGGAUCACCCAGGCAGUGCCUCCUAGUGCCAGCAGGGCGGCGCCACCUACCAGUGCAAACAGGCUCUAUCAGCCCAAAUCACCACAGGGGACAACCAAGCUGCUACCAGGGUCUGACAGCCUUUCUAGCACAGAUUUCUUCCCACCUCCCCCUCCCGUGGAGGAGCUGUCUUCCCCUGCCCGGCUCGAGGCUGUGUUCCCCUCCUUCAGUAACCAGGGACUCCAGACACUGCCGGGACGUCCUGCCAACUCUUCCGGGCAGCGGUCUGUCCCCAUGACUGGGGCUCUGAGACAGGAUAGGGCUCCCCCUGCUGGAAACAGACAGGCAGCGCAGGAUGAGCUCUGGGAUACUCUGGCAGUGCAACAACCCAGCAAACCAGAGGAGCCUGUUCAGAAAUCAACAGAUAUAUGUGGAUUUUGCCACAAGGCAAUCUCUCCGACUGUCCAAGCCAUAGAGGCAAUGAAAGAGAUGUAUCACGCAUCCUGCUUCACCUGCAGGAAGUGCUGCCACCCGCUGGCAGGAGAGCUUUACUACAACAAGGAGGGCGUACCAAUAUGUGAUCCAUGCUAUAAGGCCACUCUGGAGCGAUGUGAGCGAUGCGAUCAGGUGAUCACGGAUCGUGUGACUCGCGCCAUGGAGACCGUCUUCCACCCUGAAUGCUUCACCUGUGCGGUGUGCCGGCGACCAAUAGGAGACGAGAGAUUCGUUGUGGAUGACACCAACGAAGUGUACUGCAUUCCGGACUAUUACAGGAAGUACGCGUCUACGUGCAGCGUCUGCAAGGACCUCAUCGUCCCCGGGAAAGACGGCAAGGACACGUUCACUGUGGAGUGUCUCGGGCGCACGUUUCACGAGGGCUGCUAUCGCUGCGAGAACUGUAGAGUCCUGCUGUCCCCCGAGCCCAAUGACCAAGGCUGCCACCCGCUGGACGAUCGUAUUCUCUGCAAGUCCUGUAACCUCAAACAGAGAGCCAGCUAAUCGGCUCAGCCCUGCACCCUCACGCAACAUAUCUUCACAUCCAUUCUGUAGCACCUUUCCCCUUACCUUCUGAUGAUGUCUGCAGCCGUUCACCAAUCAUUAUCUCUUCAGUGUCUGUCUGGACCUCUGUGUGGUUCAUUCAAAUAGCAAGGAGCAAAUAGCAAUAGAUUGCACAGUACAAUGUUAUUACUAUAUUAAUUACUAUCUAGUGUUGGACUGCAUUCACCUGUGCUGUGGACUAAGCUCUGACUCCACCUGAUUUAUUGUAGCACAGAGCACGUCAGGCCGACAGCGUUAGAUACAGACCUGUGUAAAAUUCAGAGCGAUUGCAAACAUUAAAGAAGGAAGGGAAGGGAAAAGAGGGAUUUAAAGCUCUUUGGUCUUUCAUACAUCCUUUACGAAUAAUAUCCAUUAAGACUUAAUCAUUCUUACAUUUUUAUAAUUGAACAUUUCACACAAGUGGAAGACUACUGCAUUUUAACCCAGCAUGUUAAAGGUGUACACCCUGGAAGACAACCUGUCUUCAAAUCCACUAAAUAACUCAAUUUAAUUUAAUGUUUUUAUAUCUCGUGUGAUGUACGGUUUUGUGAUUACCUGUAAUUGAUUUUUCUUUUAAUAUAUGAUAAAUAAAAUAAAUGGAAACAAUUAA